UGAUAUUUUUUUCAUAUGGCGGAAAAGGAAAAGAUAAACAAACAAAAGACGUAUCUACUUAAAAUGGAUUUUUGUCACACAGAUGAAGAGAACAUAGAAGAAGAAAAAAAGAGCUUCCAAAGAAUAAUAACAGCAUUUAUGUUCUAUAGAAUUCAUUCUCUAAGCCGACUUACCAAGACCAUAAACUACUUGAAAUCAUUACCAGAACAACAUCAAAGACUAUUGAUUAACUACAGUAACAGUUUGGAAACUAUAAGACAUUGCGUAGAUUAUAAUUAUAAUGUUAUAUUAGAAAUGAUUAAAGAUACUGCAUAUUUAUUUGAAAAUCAAAAUACUCCUAGUCUAGAUGGUUGGCAUUCAACUGAUAAGUACACACCAAUUGAAUCUGAUUUGGAAAAAGUUCAAUCAACUCUGAAACAGUUUGUACGAGAUUGGAGCACUGAAGGAAUAGAAGAACGUAACACUUGUUAUAAACCUAUAAUUGAUGAGAUUUUAAAAGAAUUUCCAUUAGAAUCUGUUACAGCAUCUGAAAUUAAAAUUUUGGUACCUGGUGCUGGUCUUGGAAGAUUGGUAUUUGAAAUUGCCAAAUUAGGAUAUACAAGUCAAGGAAAUGAGUUUUCUGUGUUCAUGUUAAUAGCAUCAAAUUUUGUUUUGAAUAGAUGUCGAGGUGUUAAUAUGUAUGUUCUUUAUCCGUGGAUUCAUCAGUGUGAUAAUAAUUUAGAAACUGAACAUCAAAUGCAAUGUAUUUCAUUUCCUGAUAUCAAUCCAGCCAAAGAGUUACCACAAAGUGCUCAUAUAUCAAUGGCUGCUGGUGAUUUUUUACAAGUUUACACAGAUAAAGACGAAUGGAAUUGUAUUGCCACAUGUUUUUUUAUUGAUUGUGCCAAUAAUAUAGUUGCAUUUAUUGAAACUAUUUAUAAAAUACUUAAGCCUGGUGGCAUAUGGGUUAACUUAGGGCCAUUAUUAUAUCAUUAUAGUAAUGUGUUUGACCAAAAUUCUAUUGAACCAAGUUACCAAGUUAUUAAAGAAGUAAUUAAAGGGAUUGGUUUUCGGUUUGAAAAAGAAAUUUUAAAUGUGCCCACAAAAUAUGCACAAAAUCCACAGUCAAUGUUACAAUACGAGUACAAAAGUGUAUAUUUUGUGUGUCGCAAACCUAAAUUUCCAUUAUCAUUAGAACCGUCAACAUCUGAUAAUGAAAUUAACGAAAACGGAAUAGAUUUCCCACUUAAUGAUGAAGAAGUCUGCUCAAACGAUUUCAGUGGUGAUAAUGAUGGUCAUGAUGCAGAAGAAACCAAUUGAAAACUCAAUCGAUUAAGACUUAAUUUUUUAAUAUUAAGAUAUUUUUGUGAUGAUAAUAAAUAAUAAUAUUAAUAUUGUAAGGCAAA